AUGACCUUCCCAGCCCUUCCCAUCUACUCCCUUCCUCUCCUCCUUCUCCUUUCUCAACUGGACUCCGCCCUCACCUGUCGUACUGCCAGGAAAUCCCAGUGUGACUCCGCCCCCUUCGUCCCCGGUCACAACCUGGCAGGGGAGGGGUUUGACGUGGUGACCCUGAAACGUAAAGGGGCCUACCUGAUAGACCUGAAGACCUACCUGUCUCCCAAUAAAACCUGUACACUGUGUAGUAACCCCCUACAGGGGGACAAGCUGCAGAAAAUACCCCUGUCUGUUGUAGACUGGAGGCCCUACAGCCACUGUACUGAGGAUAUCUCCAGCCACUCCCAUGCCUCUGUCAGUAACCUGGCACAGUCCACUACCAACGAGAUCUCUACAAAAUGGAAGGGGGGUUUUGGUUAUGAGGCAAAGGUGUCUGUAAGCGUACCUGUGGGACCGGUAAUUGUAGGUGUGGAGAAGGAUGUGGGCGCUAGCAUAGAGAUGGGAGGGUCCCAGUCUGAUGUAGCCAUCUUUGCCACAACCAAGACCAAAGAGGACCGCCACUCUUUCUUCUCACAGAAUCUCCGCUGCCGUCACUACAGUUAUCGCACGCCAAACACUCCAACUCUCAGCGAUGAGUUCCGUAAGGACAUUGAUCGUCUGGACUCAUACUCUAAGACUUCUAAGGCCCAGUAUCGCCGGCUCAUAGACACCUAUGGGACUCACUACAUCCGCCAAGUUGACCUGGGAGGAAGGUGGGAUUUCUUGUUGUCCAGGGCUUCCAGCGCUACGUUCCAGGUAAACGUUGGGAUGUCAGUUUCCUCUAGCGACGAAAGGUGCUCCAAAGUUCUGGACAACCAUGACUCGAAGACCUCCUACAGCUCUAGCUUCCUCAGCCACCACACCAAGGUGGUGGGAGGCUCUGGUUGGCCGGGGGAGCUGUCACUCAACCGUAACGACUCAGUGGUGUUCCGUAGUUGGAUGAGAACCUUGAAGAACAUCCCGGACGUCAUCUACUAUUCUCUAACGCCUCUGCACCUGCUCAUACCCAACACGGCUGUCCAGCAAGGAGUGAAG